AGGCUUUUGUCUGUCUCAGAGGGGAAGGGACAGAUAUACAGUGUGUUUCUAAUGCUCAGGUCAGAUGUUCUCUGAACCACCAGUUUGAUGUGACUGUAAACAUUUAGUAUUAUUUAUUUUUUUUUACAACUUUUUAAAUAUUUAUUUAAAAUAUGAUUAUAUUAUACCUAUUUAAGUAAACUACAGAUUAUACUCUGAUAUUGAUAUUUGCUUAAAGAGCGUUAUUAAAGUCUCCCGGAAGUGGAAAGACUCUCGCUCGUAUUGCAGCCUUGUAUUUCCUGUUUACGGGCGGGAAGAGUGAACUGCGCCUCAGCCUGUCCUGUAUUAUUACAGCUCGGUUUCAUCGCUGCGCGCCUCCGCUUUGUUGUUGUUGUUUUCUGACUGAAGUUUGAAGCUCUGAUGGCGGAGCCCUGGGACUCCGGCGGUGCGGGGGGCCCCGCGGCGCGGGUGACGGAGAUCCGCUGCCCCGCGGGAGCGCGUCCGCUGCGGCUGCUCGAGUGGAAGGUGAAGCCCGGAGCGCUGGUGAACGUCGACUCCGUCAUCGCGGUUUGCGCGCCGAUCUCCGCCGAGAGCGAGUCCAGAGCGGCCGAGAGGAAGCUGAAGUCAGACCGCUCUGGAGCAGUGCGGGAGCUGUGCUGUCAGCUCGGACAGGUCAUCGUGCCCGGGAACAGGAAGUUAGUGCUGAUGGUGGAUCUGGACCAGACGCUGAUCCACACCACUGAACAGCACUGCCAGCGCAUGUCCAACAAGAGAUGCUCUUGUGUUUUCAGACUACAGAGCAAGAAUGGAAAGCAGCAGGUGCCCGUCUCUACGGCGACCGUUUCCAUGGUGCACAAGGAGAGCAGAUCGGUCGGUGGUUGCAGCAAAGGGAUCAAGAACAGGAAGUUAGUGCUGAUGGUGGAUCUGGACCAGACGCUGAUCCACACCACUGGUCAGCACUGCCAGCGCAUGUCCAACAAGGGAAUCUUUCAUUUCCAGCUGGGACGCGGGGAGCCUAUGCUUCAUACACGACUGCGGCCUCACUGCAAAGACUUUCUAGAGAAGAUCGCCAAACUCUAUGAGCUGCACGUCUUCACCUUUGGCAGCCGUUUAUACGCUCACACCAUCGCAGGUUUUUUAGACCCUGAAAAGAAGCUCUUCUCUCACCGCAUCAUGUCUCGAGAUGAAUGCAUUGACCCCUACUCUAAGACGGGCAACCUCAGAAAUCUGUUCCCCUGUGGAGACUCCAUGGUGUGCAUCAUAGACGAUAGAGAGGACGUGUGGAAGUUCGCUCCUAACCUCAUCGCAGUGAAGAAAUACAUCUACUUCCAGGGCACCGGGGACAUCAACGCCCCACCGGGUUCACGAGAGGCGCAGAUGGCCAGAAAAGGUAACCAGGCUGGGCGGCCUGCAGAGAACUUGGAAUCGUCAGGACAGGAGGAGCAGAGAAACGGACUCAGGAAAUCCAGCAAGGACCAAAAAACUGGGCAUGAGGAGUCGCCCCCCUCUGCCACCGCCACUCAGGGAGCACCAGCCAAUGAGAGGACUCACCCCGCAGGGGAACGGCCCGGUGACAGCACAGAUUUAACAGACAAGUGUAAUGUGAAAGCGGAGGGGGAGGGCAGCUCAGGUGUGACGUGUACCUCAGGUGAGACGGACACCCCAAACACUGCUUCUGACACCGCUGCCAACGACCUGGAUUUUGACCUUUCGAGCGACAGCGAAAGCGAGGGUAAAACCGGAUUAUCUGACAGCGAUGGCGAAGCCAAACAAAGCCAAACAAAAACAGAGGAGUGUAAAAGCAAAGAGGACGGUGGGGAAGUGGACAAACAGAGGACAGAGGGGGACGAUGUCCCAGAAACGGAUCCCGAGGGUCUCAGUGAUUUGGGCAACGGCUGUUCUGACAAGAAAGAAGUGGAAACUGAGUCUCAAAACAGCGAGCAGUCAGGCGUCACCAUGGGUGAGGAGUCUUUAGAUCACAGUAUGGAGGAUGAGGACGAUGAGGAAGAGGAAGACAUUGACCAGGACGACCACCUGAUUUACUUGGAGGAGGUUUUGGUUCGCAUCCACAGUGAGUAUUACUCACGCUACGAGGCCUUCCUCAGGAAAGAGAGUCCAGAGACUCCGGACAUACGGAAGAUCAUUCCCGAACUGAAGGGCCGCACGCUGGCGGGCACAACCAUCAUCUUCAGCGGCCUGUAUCCCACCAACUACUCAAUGGAGCGCACGAGGGAGUGGUACCACACCAAUGCGCUGGGUGCCAAGCUUGGCAAGACCCUGGUGCUCAAUGGCAAAGACCCAAACCGCACCACCCACCUUAUUGCUGCACGCACAGGUACCGAGAAAGUUCGCCAAGCUCAGGGCUGUAAACAUCUCCAUGUGGUGAAUCCUGAUUGGUUGUGGGCCUGUUUGGAGCGCUGGGAGCGAGUCGAGGAGCGACUCUUUCCUCUCAAAGAGGACUUUAACAAAUCAUACAGGAGCAAUAGUCCCGCCAUGUUUCCAGACAUCCCCGGGUCUGUCCCGAAGCCUCUGUUCCAGGCCCCUCCUGUUCAGCAGAAGCCCCUGCCAGCACCAGAAAUGCGGACAUAUGACCCCGUCACCGGCAAACUGAUCCGCCGAGGUCCCCAGGCCUCCCGUCCACCCUCUUAUCUGCACUCGCAUGGAUCGUCCAUGUCAGCCAAGGAAGAUCUGUCCAGCCACAGGUCAGCUCAGGGGUCUCAGCAGACGGAUGAGGCUGCAGGAUCGAGUCCUGACGAUGAGCAGCCUGGACCUUCCCGCAGGAAACGCCAGCCCAGCAUGUCUGAAACCAUGCCGCUCUACACACUCUGCAAAGAAGACCUGGACAGCAUGGACAAAGAGGUGGAUGACAUCCUCGGGGAAGAGAGUGACAAUGAAAGCGAGGGAAAAGGGAAAGAGGAGAGGAUGGAGGUAGUGGAGGAGGAAGAGGAAGAGCGGCCCCACACAAGCAAGCAGAAGGCCCCAGCAUCAGAUCACGUCCCGCCACUGGCCACUGUUGUUGAGGAAGCAGCCCAAACAUCGACCAGAGAAGAAGUGUGCGUAACGGGGAAUGUGCCAAGGGGCCACAAAAGGAAACUGGAGGAGGCCAGAGAAGAUAACGCUGAUAAUGAUGAUGAUGAUGGCGGCUCCAGUAAAGACUCCAAUGAGGACGAGGAGGGCAGCAGCUCGGAGGCUGAUGAGAUGGCUGCUGCGCUGGAGGCGGAGCUAAAUGAUUUCAUGUGAUCUGAUUGGACGACGAUGCAUAUGAACUAUUCUGUGUUCUCAUACCUGAGACAAAACAUACUUUUGCGUCGCUGUUAUACAGCGCAAGUAAGUGUGUGUGCGCGUGUGUGUGUGAAUAAAACGAAUGGGUUUACCAAGUAGAUAGAUGUACAGAUAGAGUUUUAGUUGGACAAGUCCAACACAAAGUCAUUUUAUUGUGAAUUUACUUACAGUAUGUAGAGGUGUGGGAAGUAGAGCUUCUGUGUCUGAUGUUUUACUUGGUUUCUGUUCCAAAAUUAAUUUUUAUAUAAAUUAAAUAUUUCAACUAACUGGUAAUGAAUGCCAAAGAGUCUGAAGCGGGUCUGCAGCUGAGAGAUGUUUGGAAAGGUUCCUCACCAGCAGUCAAACUCAGAUGUCCGAAUGUGUCCAGUGUCGUCUCUUUGGUUUUGUGCAUUGUUUCGUGGCUGACACUGUGCUGCACCAAUCCCAGAAUACCAGCACCUUUAGACGCGCCCACAGCCACUAUUACCAAAAAACUCACAUCUGCUACACAACCUGAAGAACUGCUGAGAACAUGAAAUGCAAAAUCAGUUGAUCGGUAAUAAGCUUGCAACAAAACAUCUUAAUUACACCAUUAUGGUUCGCGACUGGUUUGUUACGAUUGGUUGCAUAUUAAAGGAAUAGUUCACAAAAAUGGCUUGUAUAGUUCUGUCAUCAUUUACUCACCCUUGUGUCGUUACAAAACAAGAAACACAAAAUGAGAUAUUAGGCAGAAUGUCUGAGCUGGCCUCAGUCCAAAAAUUAGCUCCUUAGGUAUCCUGAAGCCAUGUGAUAGCUUUAUGUGAGGAAAACAUAAAAGGUCUACUUAAAAUUUAGGACUUUUGACACAAGUCACAAAUGGAUAUCAAUGCACCAUUUUAAUAGUCCAUAUGGCUUUUCAGAGCUUGGUUGACUGAAAAAUGAUCUAUUUGUUCCUCUCAUAAAGAAAACGUAUUACUUCAGAGCACAAGGAAUGGCACACAUGACUCGCAUACAGUAGGUCACUUUUAAUGAUGACUUUCUUGUUCUUGGGGUUUGACAUCAUAAAUCCAACUUUCUUUGCAGACAUUCUGCACCUUUAUACAUUUCUUACAAAAGAAAGGAGACACUUUGGAACAGCAUGAGCGAGAGUAAAUGAUGACAGACUUGUCAUGUUUGAGUGAACUGUUCCUGUAACUACCUACAGAUUGAUACUUCUGAUCUUAAUGCUCCUAAGAUGACAUUGAAAUGCCACUUUUUACUCUGUGAUGUCAGCGUACAGAUAUCUUCAUUUGGCUUCAGGUGCUGAUAGUGAAGACUGUGGCAGCGUUAAACCGGGUGUUUGGUUGGCUCUCGUGCCACCCUGAACCAUCACUGUACACACUGAUCAGAUCUGGACCUGUAGGCAUCAAGACUACCCGACUAAGACCAGUUUCAUGAAUUCACUGGAUCUAGCUGGGUUUCUUCUGCCGAGCUGCUUGAACGAUGAGACGUCCAGAUCUAACUCAGUUUCAAAUGUUUCUCAGAGGUUUGUGCACCUCAUCUCUCUGUGUUGUUUUUGACGGAUUUGGGGUUUUUUCACUUUCAUUGUGGUGUUAUUUUCAACCAUGUAAAGUAUUUGUACAAUCUAUUUCGUACUUGACAAAGAAAAUGCUUUUCAUUUAAUAAAGAUUUGUUUUAUAAA